GUCUUUAUCUCCACGGAAGCAGUACGGGAAUAUGCUCAGUACUCUGAUAUAAGGGCUUGCUUUCUCCAGCAAUUGGAAACUUUUGUAAUAGUGAUCAACUUGUGAAAUGUCACGUACUCCCUUGGUUAUACGCAGUUAAAGAAAAAUGUUUAAUAUGAGUGGGAAUUCUUUUAUUGACAUAAUGAACGGAACUGAUUUGGACACUCCAGGAACUAAUUCAACUUUAGCCAACUUGAGUUCUGUGUUUGUUGAGGAUCCUGAUAUUCCCGAGUUCGACCCUGCAGGUGACUACUCUCUGUUCUAUGAAGGGGAUAUAGAGAAUUUGAAGAAGCCAUGGCUGCAAGAACCUCACUUUAUUCCAACGGUAUCUGUCUAUGGCGCAGCUUUUUUAAUAGGAUUAAUUGGUAAUUCGUUGGUCAUUUUUGCCAUGGUGGGUGACCGCAAAUCUCGGAGUGUUACAGCAUCUUUCAUGGUGAGUUUGGCUGUGGCGGAUCUUCUAUUUCUCUUAGUCUGUGUUCCAUUUGAAACAUCCAGAUACUUUAUAGGACACUGGGAGAUUGGACCAAUAUUGUGCAAACUUUCUGGUACAGUGGAGAUGAUAUCAGCCCUAGCAUCUAUACUUAAUCUGACAGCUGUCAGCAUUGAAAGGUACAUUGUCAUCGUCCACCCAAUGAAGGCUCGAACUCUGUGCACCUUGGGAAAUACCAAAAAGAUACUACCCUGUGUGUGGAUAGUUGCAGUUGGAUUAUCCGCCCCUACAUUCCAUGUAAUGAAUACGGUGCGAAUGACCUAUUACGACAACGACACUACUGUGAUGGUAAUAGUGUGUGGCGACACCGGCGUACAGACUGAAGACAGACUUAUAUUUAGUGUAUACCAGUUCAUCGCCAUGUUCGCCGCACCCACACUUAUAAUGCUGUUCUGCUAUUUGUUCGUCAUCCAUGUGCUAUGGAUUAGUUCACGGCAGCUGCUCAACUUGACUACACCUAUGUCAGAAAGUAAAAGCGACAGCUACACGUCAGAUGAAACUCUUAAAAGAUUGACAGUGUUAGACACGCCAACUCAGACGAGACAGUGGCACCGAUGUCGACGGAAUCUUGUCCACAGAGCUACACGAGAACAUAGUGUAGAAGUGCUGCGAGCUAGACGACAGGUUAUCAAAAUGCUAAUAACAAUUAUUAUAGUAUUUCUCCUGUGUUGGGGGCCCAAGCUUAUUAUACGGAUAUUGCAAAGAAUGAAUUCAGAAGCCUUGUGGUAUCCGUCUGUCCUUAUAACAAAGAUUGUGUUUGAUUGCCUUCCGUACAUACAGUCGUGUUUGAAUCCCAUUAUAUAUGGCUUCAUGUCCAGGAACUUUAGGAAGAGCAUGCAGACAGCAUGUCGGACAUACGUUUGUAAGGAGUCCUAUUCACAGUCAUGUCUUGGCAGGAGACUGUUUGGGUCGGACUAUGAGUUGGAAUCAAGAGCAACAUGCUCGAACGGUACAAUUCACACUAAAAUUUCCCUGAGGACAAGGAGCAGCUCCUCUGAUGAUUGACAACUCGCCGGCUGUUCCAGGGCGAUCUACCGUAAAUGCUGUCUAAGUGAUGACGACUACGCUGAGCGUGUUGAUACAUUUGCUUGAAGAACAUUUUUAGGUGAGGAUACGGUUGAACCCUGGGAUAAGCGAAAAAUAAGUUAUGUUGUGAAUGAUUUUAUCAAUGAUACUAUACAAAACGUGUUACUGAAUUCAGAGAUCAGGAUGAUGUUUCGGAUACAAGCUUAAGGAUGAUCUGUGGUCUGUCGCGGAGUCAUCGAGGUGUCCAAUCCGUGACAAUUGUCCUUGAAGAGAAUUAUAAUUGGGCGCGGUGUAGCGCUAUGUCCAUUUCAGAAUGGUUCGUGACGGAUAUGUUGUUCACGGUGUGCUUUGUCUGAUCAUACACAAGAAUGGAUUUUUAUCAGACCGUGGAUGUGUGUUUGCUGAUAUAGAUAUCUUGAAACUAUUUCUAAGCAGAGAACCACAAUCGUUAUGAAGACAUGACGAUGCAUCUUGAUGGUUCAGACAGUGAAAUGCACUAUUGAUUGAAGUCGAGAUUUAUUCAUUAAGAGACGUAUAAGGUGUGGGCAUCAUUACACAAGAAACAUGUGUUCAUUUUCAUUCUUUGGAGACAUAGCACAUGUGCAAACCGUUUGUUUUAAUGACACAGUUUCAUUAGUGCAGAAUAGUUACAGACUGAGAUAUGUUGGGAGGAAACGCAGCUGGAUUUGCUAUUGUGCGGUUCUACCUCUCAGUCAUAGCAGCCUGUCAAAAAAUACAUUUGUAUAUUAUGUGUGUUACUGGGCGGUAGUCAUCAAGUCUAAAAUCAGAAGAUGUUGACUUUGACAGCACAGUGUUCUCUCUGGAAAGAAUGUCAUGAACAUGUAUAAGAGAAUACUUUGAAAAUGUUCAUUAAAUGUACUCAAUACUAUCAAUUUAGUGUGUGAUUAUUUAGAAAAAACUCAAUUCAAA